AUGGGGGCUCCUCCACCUAAGGCAGAGGGACCCUGGGUCCAACUCCAGAAACUGCUGGCCUCCUGGCUGGUCAGAGAGCAGGACUGGGAUCAGCACGUGGACGAGGCCCACAUGCUGCAACAGAAGAGGAUCCAAGAGUCUCCGCUGCUCCAAGCAGCCAAGGAAAAUGACCUGUGUGUCCUGAAGAAGCUUCUGCUGGACCGAAACUGUGACUUCCGGCAGAGAGGAGCCUUGGGGGAGACGGCGCUGCAUAUCGCAGCACUCUACGACAGCCUUGAAGCGGCCCUGGUUCUGCUGGAGGCGGCCCCGGAGCUGGUCAAGGAGCCUGCCUUGUGUGAGCCAUUUGUAGGUCAGACUGCACUGCACAUAGCCAUCGUGAACCAGAACGUGAACUUGGUGCGAGCCCUGCUUGCCCACGGCGCCAGCGUCUCUGCAAGAGCUACAGGCACAGCUUUCCGCCGCAGCCCCCGCAACCUCAUCUACUUCGGGGAGCACCCUUUGUCUUUUGCUGCCUGCGUGGGCAGUGAGGAGAUCGUGAGGCUGCUCAUUGAGCACGGAGCUGACAUCCGGGCCCAGGACUCCCUGGGAAACACCGUGCUGCACAUCCUCAUCCUCCAGCCCAACAAGACCUUUGCCUGCCAGAUGUACAACCUGCUGCUCUCCUACGACGGGCGCGGGGACCACCUGCAGUCCCUGGACCUCGUGCCCAAUCACCAGGGUCUCACCCCCUUCAAGCUGGCCGGAGUGGAGGGCAACACUGUGAUGUUCCAGCACCUGAUGCAGAAGCGGAAGCACAUCCAGUGGACGUACGGACCGCUGACGUCCACUCUCUACGACCUCACGGAGAUCGACUCCUGGGGGGAGGAUGUGUCCUUUCUUGAGCUCGUGGUUUCCUCCAAGAAGCGAGAGGCUCGCCAGAUCCUGGAGCAGACCCCAGUGAAGCAGCUGGUGAGCUUCAAGUGGAAGAAAUACGGGCAGCGGUACUUCUACAUUCUGGGCGCCUUGUACACGCUCUAUAUGAUCUGCUUCACCACCUGCUGCAUCUACCGCCCCCUCAAGUUCCGCAUGGGCAACCGCACAGACCCCCGGGAUAACACCGUCCUCCAACAGAAAUUACUGCAGGAGGCCUACGUGACUCAGCAGGACAAAAUCCGUCUGGUGGGGGAGUUGGUGACCGUCACAGGGGCUGUGAUUAUCCUGCUCCUAGAGAUCCCAGACAUCCUUAGGGUUGGUGCUUCUCGAUAUUUUGGACAGACUAUCCUCGGGGGACCAUUCCAUGUCAUCAUCAUCAUCUAUGCCUGCAUGGUGCUGGUGACCAUGGUGAUGCGGCUCUCCAACAUGAACGGGGAGAUGGUGCCCAUGUCCAUUGCCCUGGUGCUGGGCUGGUGCAGUGUUAUGUACUUUGCUCGAGGAUUCCAGAUGCUUGGUCCCUUCAGCAUCAUGAUCCAGAAGAUGAUUUUUGGAGACCUCAUGCGUUUCUGCUGGCUAAUGGCUGUGGUUAUUCUGGGAUUUGCCUCAGCGUUCUAUGUCAUUUUCCAGACAGAGGACCCAGCCAAUCUGGGGCAAUUCUAUGACUAUCCCAUGGCACUGUUCAGCACCUUUGAGCUUUUCCUCACCGUCAUUGAUGGGCCUGCCAACUACGAAGUGAACUUGCCCUUCAUGUUUGGCAUUGUCUACUUUGCCUUCACCAUCAUCGCCACACUGCUUAUGCUCAACCUAUUCAUCGCCAUGAUGGGUGACACACACUGGCGGGUGGCCCAUGAGCGGGACGAGCUCUGGAGGGCCCAGGUGGUGGCUACCACGGUGAUGCUGGAGAGGAAGCUGCCUCGCUUCCUGUGGCCUCGCUCUGGGAUCUGCGGGUACCAGUAUGGGCUGGGGGACCGCUGGUUCCUGCGAGUCGAGAACCACCAUGAUCAAAAUCCUUUGCGAGUGCUUCGCUACGUGGAAGCUUUCAAGGGCUCAGACAAGGAGGAUGGACAAGAGCAGCUUUCUGAGAAACAGCCCUCUGUUUCUGCGACUGAAAGUGGGACCCUAGCCAGAGCCUCUCUGUCCCCCCUGACCCCCUCCCUGUCCCGGACCACAUCUCACAGCAGUAGUCACCGGGGCUGGGAGAUCCUUCGUCGUAACACCCUGGGACAUGGAAAUCUUGGGCUGGACCUUGGCGAGGGGGAUGGAGAGGACAAUAUCUAUCAUUUAUGAUGAGGACCCUUGUUACCGUUGGCCUGACAAACAGGUGGGCCUAGAUGGGGAACGGUAUCUAAUUUUCAUGCCUGUUAACUGUGGGGAGGGGGUCAACAGAAUAAUUCUUAAAGGCCAUGUCUCAC